UCAAUACGACAGCGUGAGGCCUCAUCUGCUGCAUUCUUCGGCCAGCGGGCUCUGGCCUUAUAAAGACUCACCGCCAAGGCCGAUCACAUCCAGUCCCAAUGCAUCACAAUCGUCGUAAAUCCGGCCAUGGCUCGACGAAUAGCUCAACCACCGACGUCCGCAAGGUUAUGACCACUUCGGACCUCACCAAGUCCAGACGGCCCCAGACCCUUGUCAGGAAGUCCACCCCGCAAACGGCCCAAAAGCUGGGCAAGAAUCCCAGGGACCGCGAGAGGGAAUGGGAGGAGGAGCGUUGGGUUGAGGACGAGCGGGAGAGUUUCCCGCAGUUUUGCAUGACUUGCGAAAAACAAUUCACCCCGCAGGAUGAAAAGUUUUUAUAUUGCUCUGAGGCAUGCCGCGAACGUGACCAGAAUGUCAGUGUUAGAGCCUCGUCAUCACACGCGUCGGCACGGGGGCAUGACAGCUUCGGCGGAAGCACACUUGUUUACCCCGCUGGGAGCGAAGAGCCCCGAGAUAUCAUCCCGCGUGCAUCGCCAUCCCGUUGGUCGCCCCCCACAACGCCAGCGAGCGGUCAACACACGGGCGGCCAAUACACGAACGGUCAAUAUACGAGCGCGGUCUCGGCCCUGCGGUCGCUUAGCAUCCGGCCGGUGAGCCCGACGUCGCCCAUGGCCGGCAGUGCGAUGUGGUCGUUCGCCCGAAGCGCCCUCGCCAGCCCUAGCACUUCGUACACGAAGACGUCGCCGAGCUUUUACCCGUCAACGUACGACAACGGAUAUAUCGUUACAGGAUACAAAUACGGCCAAGGUGGGGGUACGACCUCGGAUCGUCCCUUGCCUGCGCGACGACCAGGCGCUUACUCGAGACCCAAGAGCAUCGAGCUAGUUACGCCGAUAGUUGGUCGCUGAGCGACGAAUCCGGAAAGGGGCACUGCCUGGGUUACUACAGUGCUGACGUGAGAUUCGGAGAGUUUCGCGCACUAUCGACCGACUCUGCCACGUUCAACAGCUCAGAUCGGUGCAUGACGGUGUGGGGGUCUCCGGUCGAUUUCCAGGCUUUACUACGUGCAUUAUUUACGUCGCGGCCCUCUAUGGCUCAGUUACAUCGAAGAGGUGCGGGGUGUCUCCCACCAGACCGCAAGGGAGGGAGAUAACGAUGCAACUCUCUCCCCACGGCCUCAAGCUCAGCAGCUGUAGCCAAUCGCGCAAUCGCCAUGGCACCCGACUCGGCUCAAGUUAUUGGCUCUACGGCCCUUCUUUCCCUCC